AUGCGUCAAUGUGAAAUUAAAAAUCCAGAAUUACGUGAUAAAAUUGCUGGUGCACGUGCUGUUAUUAAAAAAAAUCAACCAUUUUUAUUGUCAUCAACAAAAGUAUAUGUUAAUCAUCCAGAUAUGGCUGUUGCUAAAAAAAUAUAUGACAAUGUUUUGGAUGAACUUAAUGAAGCUCUUGAUAAUAUUAAAAAUGCUGCUGAAGGAAAGCUGAGUAAAGAACAUGUUAAACCUGUUGAUAGACCAGGUCAACUUGUUGAUGCAUUAGAGAAAUUUGAUGUUAAUACAUACUUGAGAUCAUCACCAACUCAUGAAUAUUUAGAAAAAGAUAAACCAAAUUUACAAGAACAACUUGAUGAUAUUGUUGCACAAGUUGUUUAUAUUGGUGAUUCAUCAGGUACAAGAAUUAAUAGACGUAAUCAAAUGAUUGAAGGAUGUGAAGCUCAACCUGAUAAUUUAAACAAUGCUAUUGAAGAUAUUAGUAAAAAAACUUGGGAUCUUCGUGAUAAUAUACGUAAAGCUGUUGUUGAUAAUAUUUCUGAUAGUUUUUUAGAUACUGGUGUACCACUUUUUGACAUGAUAAUUGCUGCAGAGAAUGGUGAUGAGGAUAAAUUUAAUGAUGCAUCAAUUGCAUUUGAAAAACAUGCUGUUAAAUUAAUUGAAGUUGGACAUCUUGCUUGUUGUAUGUCUGAAAAUAUUGAUGGUAUUAAAAUGGUUAAUUGUUGUAUUGAACAAAUUAGUAAACUAUAUCCAAAAGUAAUUGAUGCUGCUAAAAUUUUAGUUGUACAUUCAAAUUCAAUACCAGCAAAAGAAAAUAUGCAGGUAUUUCAUAAAGCAUGGGAAAAACAAGUUAAAAUAUUAAUUGAUGCUGUUGAUGAUAUAACAACAAUUGAUGAUUUUCUUGGUGUCACUGAGGCUCAUAUACUUGAAGAUAUAAAUAAUUGUGUUAUUGCAUUACAAAAAAAUGAUCGUUUAGCAUUUGUUUUAUCAUCUGAUGCAAUAUUAAAUCGUUCACGACGUGUUUCUAAUGUUGUUAAUGGACAUGUUACACAAGAAAUGUAUCAACCAAGUAUUUAUAAAAAAAGAAUUCUUGAUGCUGUUGUUGUUCUUCAAGAUAAAAUAAUGCCAAAAUUUUUAAGAGGAGUUAAAUUAGCUCUUGAUAAUAUUACAGCUGAUAAAAUAAGGAGUCAAGAUGAUAAAAAAAAAGAUGAAGAUUUAUUUAUUGAUUCAUCAAAUAUUGUUUAUAAUGGUGUACAUGAAAUUCGUCGUGCAUUAUUGAUGAAUAAAUUAGAUGAUGAUGAUGAUAUUGAUUUAAAUAAUUCUGAAUCAAAUGAAAAUAAUUUAAUUGAUGAAUAUCCAAAUAUUGGUUGUAUUAAAAAUGCUCGUGAUGUUAUGAAAAUAAUGAAUGAUAAAGAUAAAGAAAAAAUAAUAAAAGAAGUUGAAUUUUUUAAAAAUGAAAAAAUUAAAUUUGAUAAAGAAGUUGAAAAAUGGGAUGAUUCUGGUAAUGAUAUAAUAUUAUUAGCUAAAAAAAUGUGUAUUAUUAUGAUGGAAAUGAUUGAUUUUACAAGAGGUUGUGGACCACUUAAAACAACAAUGGAUAUUAUAAAUGCAGCUAAAAAAAUAUCAGUUAAUGGAACAAAAUUAAAUGAGUUGAUAAGUCAAAUUAUUGAAAAUUGUCCAGAGAGUACAACUAAAAAUGAUUUAUUGGGUUAUAUACAAAGAAUAUAUUUUCAUUGUCAUCAAAUGAAUAUAACAAGUAAAGUUAAAGCUGAUGUUGUACAAAGUAUAAAUGGUGAACUUUUUGUAUCUGGUUUAGAUUCAGCAACUUCACUUAUUCAAUCAUCUAAAAAUCUUAUGAAUGCUGUUGUACAUACUGUUAAAGCAUCAUACAUUGCAUCAACAAAGUAUCCAAGAACUGAUACAAAUACACCAAUUGUCGUUUGGAAAAUGAAAGCACCAGAAAAGAAACCUCUGGUACGUCGAGAGACAUCAUCAAAAAAAAAUAUCAUUCGCAGGGAAUCACAAAAAAUGGAACAAAGUCCAAUUAAAGUUCUAUCAGAUUUUCAAAGUUUAGAUGAACGUUCAUUGUUUUAA